CUGUGUUUCCGCUAUGCUGCCCUUGAGCGAUCCUGACUUAGAUACUUUAAAAUUUGAUAUUUUUCAAUCUAUCAAAAGUAUUUUACCAUAUGAUUUACCGAAAUUAUACACUGACACCAACAAUAUCGCCAUUCAACAACAGAAGAACAAGGAAAACACACAACCACAAAAACAGAAGAGUAAUGCGCUGAGGCCAUCAGCGAAUUUGACAGCAAACAUACAAAAUAAGACUCUACCAAAAAAUGGAAAUUACUGUAAAGCGUGUAAAAAGAAGUUCAGUAAUCAAGCAACGUUUGACAAUCACCUGAAGAGUGCGAAGCACAUUGCUAACGAUAAAAAAAUGAAGUCGCAGGAGAAAGUGAUAACGGCACCAGCCUUGGAUACCAAAAUACCUGAAACGUUGAUAGGUCAAAAUAACAAUUCUGAAUUACAAGAGGCGUUAUUCAUGCUUGAAGAAGCAUCUACGGACUCUGUAACCCCUACUGAGGAUGUACUCAGUAAAAUCUACCAAUGUUCUCAACAGCUCUUUAAACUGAAGCGGCCACAAGAUACCGAGAAAUCGUUACGGCUGCUUAUCAAAAAAUCGAGCAAUCAUUAUAUUGAUCCUUUGCAACAGCACGGCACCAUGUUGUACAUACACAAAGCCCAAAUAGCACUAGCAAGGCUACUGUGUAUUUAUCAGCAAAUGGAUGAUUCUAGGACAGCCUAUUUAAACAUAUUAGAACAGAAGUUCAAUGCUAGCAGGUCGAUGCUGUUUCAAUUGGCAAGUGAAGCGAGAAAUUUGAAGAUACCUCAUUUGCUUAGUCGGUGUAGCGUUUUCAUUGAGCCCUAUAUUGAUGAAAAGACGAAGUUAUUAGAUCCUAUUAGUAUUUUAGAAUUAUUAACGGAGGCCGGUCAUGUAUUUGCCCAGCGAAACGAUACAUUUUCCAAAUUCAGUACAGAGUCCAUUGCGAUUGUUUUAUACGCGAUAGGUCUAUCACUAGCUCAACAGGUACAACUUUCCACUUAUUGUCAAUUGCUGGUAUCCUAUUUGGUACAGGUUUUCUCUUCAAGGAACCAGCAACACCGUAUUAUUGAGUUAUAUUUGGUAAAUGGAAACAGAGACCCAUGGUCUUUGUUCAAAUCACUACUGCUCUCUAUUGAGAUAGAUGAUUUGGUUCGUGCAGAAGGAAUAGUAGCAAGUCUGAAAUCAGAAGGGUUUGCAAUGGACUAUUUAGAUGUCCAAUUUCUUAUCGGCAUAUAUAAAAGUAGGACAAUUCUAUCAGAUAAAGAAGAUCUCCUACAAAAAUUUGAACACCUUCAACUACUAUUAAGUAUAAGGACUGAGCCUAUGUUACUUUUAAACACAGCGCCUUACGAGCAGGAAAUGAUAAUGAACCAAUUAAAGACUCUGAUAGCUAUCAAUAAAUAGCUUUUAUAAAAUUAGAAGGACAUCUUUGAGCUAAACGAAAGUAAACCUGUUUUUUAAAGUCCCUAAACAGGGCUAUUAAUAAUGAUGCGUUCGUUUUCAUCAGUAAUAUUUGCUUUCUUUAUUUACGACUAUGACGACACUAAAGUUCAUAACUUCAACAAUAGAAAUAGGCGCACUAAUAGAAUUAUAAACUUAACAACUUGUCCCUAGGUGGCCAUCCAUGAGGUUUUCUUUUUGGUUUUUUUUUUUUUUUUUUUUUU